ACCGAGCUGACAGCGGGGGGGACCAGCACGGACCGGGAGGCACCGGUACGGAGCGGCCGGGUCACCCCGCGAAGGUGGGAAAGCAGCAGCAGCAGCAGCAGCAGCAGCAGCAGCAGCAGCUCACCAUGGCCCUGGCAGACGACGCAGGCUGUGCCAAACCCAGCGAGGACUUCCCCUUCCCUGAGAUCAUCGAACUCAACGUGGGCGGACAAGUGUACAUCACUCGCCACCCCACCCUGGUCAGCGUGCCUGGCUCGCUGCUGUGGGAGAUGUUCAGCCAGAAGAACGUCCGCUCCUUGGCCCGCGACAGCAAGGGCCGCUUCUUCGUGGACCGGGACGGGUUCCUCUUCCGCUACAUCCUGGAUUACAUGCGGGACCAGCAGCUGGUGCUGCCCGAGCACUUCCCGGAGAGGAGCCGGCUCCAGCGAGAGGCCGAGUACUUCAUGCUGCCCGAGCUGGUGAAGAUGCUGGCCCCCAAGCUCAGCAAGCAGAACUCGCUGGGAGACGACCCAUGCCAAAGCGACCCCGAGGAGCUCUCCCCCGGUGCCGACGCCGCCCGCACGCUGAGCUCCGCCGGCGCCACGCUGCCCGGAGCUGCGGCUGGCGGCCCCGGGGGUGCCGGCGCCACCGGUGCGGGCGCUGCCGGCGCCGAGGUGCGCAGGGCAGGGUUCAUCACCAUCGGCUACCGGGGCUCCUACACCCUAGGCAGGGACAGCCAGACGGAUGCCAAGUUCCGCAGGGUGGCGCGGAUCAUGGUCUGCGGCAAGACGUCGCUGGCCAAGGAGGUGUUUGGAGAUACCCUGAAUGAAAGCAGGGACCCGGACAGGCCCCCGGAGAGGUACACCUCCAGGUACUACCUCAAAUUCACCUUCCUGGAGCAAGCCUUUGACAAACUGGCUGAGGCCGGCUUCCACAUGGUGGCCUGCAACUCCACAGGCACCUGUGCCUUCGCCCAUGACCAGACAGAUGACAGGAUCUGGACCUCUUACACCGAAUAUGUUUUCUAUCGUGAGUGACACCAAAACACAAACCCACCCAACCCACCAACCAAACGCCAACUCUCCCUCUCCUCUCCUCUGCUGACUGUUUCCUAGAAGGUAGACCUCCGACCCCUGAAUCCCAACGUUCCUCUUUUUGCCUCCUUUUGAGUUUGUUCUUGAGUUUCUCCUCCUCCUUCCUCCACGUUGAACCUGUUGGGCUCUUCCUUGUCACAGCCGCUGACCACCAACCUUCUCCCCUCUCUCCGACUUCUGCAGUAGCCACCUGUAGCUCCCAACCCUCCCUGGAUGUGUGGACUUGGACACUGUCAUGUGUGUGGUUUGGGUGGGAGGUGGGGGGGGGAUGGACACCGUCUCUGCUCUGAGCUGGGGUUCCUGCAGCUGGAUGAGCUUGUCCAUGAUGGACACUGAACUUGGCUCUCAUGCCCUGUACACUGUGCAGCUCCUCAGGAACAUGCUGCAGAUGCUCUAUUUGAUCUACCAAGGGGUUCAAGUGGGCUUUGAGGGGUAUAAGGACAUGCAGAAAGGUGGGUGGGUGGUGGUGGGAGGGAUGGACACCAGACUGUGCUCUGGGCUGGGAUUCCUGCAGCUGGGUGAGCUUGGCCACGAUAGAUGCUGAUCUUGGUUUUCGUGCCCUUUACACCAUGCAGCUCCUCAGGGAUGCACUGCAGAUGCUCUGUUUGGUCUACCAAGGGGUUCAAGUGGGGUUUGAGGGGUUUAAGGACACAGAGAAAGGUGGGAAGUAGGGAGGUGGGUGGUGGAAGGACGAAGCCUGGCAGCGCGGAUAUCUUGCCAUUAACCCGUGUAAGCAGCUUAGCGUUGGGCUGUCAGAGCUUGGGAAGGGCUGAGAAAGACUCACCCUCUGUUUGCAGCCCUGAUCUGAGGUAUCACUGCUGCUCUGGGGAGGGGUGGGAGGGGGAGUAUGGACAGAUGCUGUGUUCAUGGCUCUGAGGUGGGAGGGGAGGUGGUAAGUCUUAACGUGCUGUAGGGUGUGAAGUGCUUCUAGGUCUUUCAGACCUGUUGGAGGUCUGGCAGAAGGAAGUUCCUUCAUCUUCCAUCUUCCCUUUGGAGAACGUUAAUGGCAUGGGCUUCAGAGGGCUGGGGUUGGCUUGCUCUGGGUCUCAGGCUUAGCUACAGCCUCAGCUUCACAGAUUCAAGGGAAUCUUGGCCCAGUGUGAAAACCUUUGAAGUUUUGGCCACCUCUUGUGAAGGUCUUUCCAACCACAGCUCUCCGUGCCCUGCUUUCAGGGCCUGAGGCUGGCUGCUGCUGCUUCACCAUGCCUGGGCAAUGCGUAAUAAAGGAACAAAAGCGA